CUGUCUUUUGCAAUCCAGCACACCUCAACUUCCCUUCUCCGACAACUCCUUCUCUUCAGUUCUCUUUCUUCUUUCUUAUCCUCCUUUCCAAUCGUUAUAUUCUUUCGUUCCCCAAUUCUUCUACUCUACCAACUUUCGUUACUUAAUCAAUCACAAUGAGAGUAGGAGUCGCCCUCACUCUCUUCGCCUGCGCGCUCAGCGCCCCCACCAGCAAGCGCGAUGACGAGCUCGCAAACCUCGACGUCAGCUCCCUCAAGUCCCUCGAGGCCCUCGAGGCCAUCAAGCCCUUCCACAAGCCCCGCACCUUCAUCGGCGGCGGCGCCGACGCUGGCGUCGGAGGAUCUGCUGAGAUUGGCGGCUCUGCUAGUCUAGGUGGCCACGGUGGUGCUGGUGCUGGUGCCGGUGCCGGUGCCGGCGCUGGCGUUGGUGGCUCUGCUGAACUAGGUGGCCAUGCUGGUGUAGGUGGCUCUGCUGGUGCUGGUGCUGGCGCUGGCGCCGGCAUUGGUGGUUCAGCUGGCGUCGGUGGCCAUGCUGGUCUUGGUGGCUCAGCUGGCGCUGGUGCUGGUGCCGGCGCUGGUGUUGGUGGCUCGGCUGGCGUUGGCGGCCAUGCUGGACUCGGUGGUUCAGCUGGUGUAGGUGGUAGUGCCGGUGCCGGUGGCCAUGGUGGCGCUGGUGUCGGUGGUGAAGCUGGCAUCGGCGGACAUCUUGGAGGUGGUGCCGGUCUUGGAGGCAGUGGCCAUCUCGGUGGUGGUAUUGGCGGCAGUGGUCAUCUAGGUGGUAGCAUCGGCGGUAUUAUUGGCGGUGGUCUCGGUGGCAGUGGCCACCUUGGUGGUGGCGCUGGCAUUGGAGGAUCCGGCGGUGCUGGUGCCAGUGGCUCUGCUGGUGGUGAAGGUGGUGCCGAGGGUGAAGCCAGUGGUGAAGGCGAGGGUGAAGGCGAGGGUGAAGGUGAAGCUGGUGGUGAAGCUGGUGGUGAAGCCGGCGCUGGAGGAUCUGGAUCUGCCGGUGGCUCUGCUGGUAUCGGUAGCUCUGGCAGUAUUGGAGGAUCUGCUGGCGCCGGUGGAUCUGGAGAAGCUGGCGGCUCUGCAGGCAUUGGAGGCUCCGGCGGUGCUGGUAUUGGAGGAUCUGGCUCCGCUGGUGGCUCUGCUGGUAUCGGUGGCUCUGGUGGUGCUGGAGGCUCCGGCGGUGCUGGCGGUUCUGGUGAAGCUGGUGGCUCUGUCGGUAUUGGAGGCUCUGGUGGUGCUGGUGCUGGUGUCGGUGGUUCCGGAUCUGCUGGUGGUUCUGCAGGUAUUGGCGGCUCUGGCGGUGCUGGUGGUGAAGCCGGUGCUGGUGGAUCUGGUUCCGCUGGUGGUUCCGCUGGUGUUGGAGGCUCUGCUGGUGGUGAAGGCUCCGCAGGUGCCGGCGGUGAUGCUGGUGCUGGUGCUUCUGGUGAAGCUGGAGGUUCCGCAGGUGCUGGUGGUGAUGCCGGCGCUGGUGCUUCUGGUGAAGCUGGAGGCUCUGCUGGCGCCGGUGGUGAUGCCGGUGGUGAUGACUCCGACGACACUGGCCCGGUGGUGAAGCUGGUGGUGAAGCUGGUGGUGAAGCUGGUGGUGAAGCUGGUGGUGAAGCUGGUGGUGAAGCUGGUGCUGGUGGUGAAGCUGGUGCAGGUGCUGGAGGAUCUGGAUCUGCUGGAGGCUCCGCUGGUGUUGGAGGCUCUGCUGGUGGCGAGGCCGGCGCUGGUGCUUCUGGUGAAGCUGGCGGCGAGGCUGGCGCUGGAGCUGGUGGCUCCGCUGGUGCAGGUGGUGAAGCCAGUGGUGAUGCCAGCGGCGAGGGUGAGGCCUGCGGCUGUGAAGACAUCCAAGGAACGCCCACCACCUUCUCGACCUCAUUCUCCACCAGCUGGAGCUGGCCUACUAAGGCUUAAAUGCCUUCCGAGUGGUGGCUUUGGUAGCUUUCUCAAUGGAAUGCCUAUACUUUCAAGCACUCGAGAUGUAUAACUCAACUCCCGUAUAUCCAACAGGGGUAUUGACAAUCCCGCGGGACAUGAUUUUCUGAACCGACUUCGAAAUAUGAAGUGAACUGCUUCUGCACAAUCCUUAUCUAUAUUGCGAUGUUUUAUCUACAUGUUACAUAUGAUCACUGUUUAAACAUAAUUUGUAUAUUUGGCUAGAGUACAAGGGAAUAUCAGUCAUUUGUUCACCUUGAAUAAUCAAUAAUCAAG